GAUAAAAAGGCAAGACAGCUGGCUGUCGAAUGCUAUGCGUCGUGCAUCAUGAUGGUGAAAUUUUGCUUUAUUUCACUUGCAAUAAGUUGCAUUUCAUUAUUUCGAGUGUCAGCGGUCAUCAUCAAUCCGUGCCAGUUGGCAGACAUUAUGAUGAAUAAUUUGAAGCUUAAAAAAUCGUCUGCAGCUCAAUGGGUUUGUUUGGCGAAAUUUGCCAGUGGAUUUAACACGGAGGCUGUGAAUGGUCCGUACAAAGAUGGAAGCUACGAUUUUGGCAUCUUUCAGAUUAAUGACAAAUUUUGCAGGAAAGGUACGAAAGAGAGCUGUGGAGUCAGAUGCACAGAUCUAGUAUCGAAUAAUGUUACACUGAGUGCUAUUUGUGGCCUAGUUAUUCAAAAGAAGCAAGGUUUCAACUACUGGCCAUCUUGGGAGAACAACUGCCGGAACAAGGACUCAAGCUUCUACCUACAAAAAUGCGAAUUCAAAACAUUAAGUAACGGCUGAGAACGACUCUUAGUUUGGAAAAAAAACCAACAGAAAUCUUGACCCUUACUAGUAGACUCUAGAAUUCAGCAAAUAAAACCAACGCAUAAAAGAGGAAAGAAGAAGAAAAAACAAAAAACAAAACAAAAAAGAAAAACAAAAACAAAAUUUGUCUCUUUUUAGUCCGAUUUACACAUUAAAAAUCUUUUCUAUCUCAUCAACGCUGCAACUCAGGGAGGAGGGUGAUUUUCUCAACAAUCAAUUCACAAUUUCGUCAUCGUCUGUCACCAGAAGGUUGACCACUUAUCUUCAUGAUUUUUUAGACUUUUUCAGUCGCUUUAACCAAUAAUCGCUUUAUCAGACUGCAUAUGGUAAAGGCAUAUGCAGUCUCUAAAGGACGGCAAAGGAACUCUAUAACUUCUAGGAAAACGGUCUAAUUUUAGGUUUACCUCUUUUCCUUGCAUACCCUUUUCUUGCUUUUUAUUUAGUGAAUCCAUCGUAAGAUUAAAUAAUAAACACCAUGUGCGAGUGACAAAAAGUUAGUCGUAGACUUUCUGUCACUCGCACUAGUGCUGCGCCAUACACCAAUGUACCGUAAU